AGAAGUGGACUCUACAAGUUGCCGCAGCAAGUGUAUAUAUAGAGGUUUUACACAGGCAUAUGUUUUUAGUGUCGGCACACAGACAUCAGAGAGAUGUCAGCUAUCGAAGUUGAAAAAAACAGAGUCGGGGAAACAUCUUCUGCCUGUAAAGGAAAUAAGCACAACAUGACCACGACACCUGGAGAUACCCAAAACCAUGAUCCCAAUCCUUCUGCAGCUCCUCCUGGGUUACCCAUACCUGUCAGUGAUCUGGAAGUCAAGUACACCAAGAUAUUUAUAAACAAUGAAUGGCAUGACUCCAGCUGUGGCAGGAAAAUCCCUGUCUACAACCCUGCAACAGGAGAAAAGAUCUGUGAGGUGGAAGAAGGAGAUGAAGAAGAUGUUGACAAGGCCGUCAAAGCUGCUAAAGAGGCAUUUCAGCUAGGGUCAGUUUGGCGCAGAAUGGAUGCUUCAGACAGAGGAAGGCUCUUGAACAAGCUGGCUGACUUGGUUGAAAGGGAUCAACUGAUUCUAGCUACUAUGGAAACUAUUGACUCUGGGAAACUGUUCCUCAUUGCAUACUUUGUCGAUUUGAUGGCUGCAAUAAAAACCUUGCGAUACUACGGUGGCUGGUCUGACAAAAUCCAAGGCCGGACAAUCCCUGUAGAUGGAGAGUAUUUUACAUUCACAAGACAUGAACCAGUUGGUGUAUGUGGACAAAUCAUACCAUGGAACUUCCCAUUGUUGAUGUUUAUCUGGAAAAUUGCUCCUGCACUCUGCUGUGGUAAUACAGUGGUUAUCAAACCUGCUGAGCAAACUCCACUCACUGCACUCCACAUGGCAGCUUUAAUGAAAGAGGCUGGUUUUCCUCCUGGUGUGGUCAACGUUGUUCCAGGGUAUGGUUCCACAGCAGGGGCAGCGAUUGCCAGUCACAUGUACAUAGACAAAGUGGCCUUCACUGGCUCAACUGAGGUUGGCAAACUGAUAAAAGAAGCUGCAGGAAAAAGCAACCUAAAAAGAGUAACACUGGAGCUGGGAGGCAAGAACCCCAACAUCAUAUUUGCUGAUGCUGAUUUGGACCAUGCAGUGGAACAGGCACACCACGGUCUGUUUUUCAAUCAAGGCCAGUGCUGCCUGGCAGGAUCCAGGAUAUUUGUGGAGGAGACCAUUUAUGAUGAGUUUGUACGCAAGAGUGUGGAGCGAGCCAAGCGGCGUGUUUUAGGAAACCCUUUCAUCCCUGGAGUGGAUCAGGGUCCACAGAUUGACAAAAAGCAGUUUGAUAAAAUCCUGGAAUUGAUUGAGAGUGGGAGGAAGGAGGGAGCCAAGCUGGAAUGUGGAGGAUCACCAUGGGGAGACAAAGGCCUCUUCAUUCAACCUACAGUAUUCUCAGAUGUUACAGAUGAAAUGCGUAUUGCCAAAGAAGAGAUAUUUGGACCAGUCCAACAGAUUAUGAAGUUUAAAACUCUUGAUGAAGUCAUUAAGAGAGCCAACAGCACACACUAUGGUUUGGUAGCAGGAGUUUUCACUCAGAACAUCAAUAAAGCACUCACCAUUGCAUCAUCCCUCCAAGCUGGUACAGUGUGGGUUAACUGCUACAAUGCAAUGAGUUCCCAGUGUCCUUUUGGAGGGUUUAAAAUGUCUGGGAAUGGAAGGGAAAUGGGUGAAUAUGGCCUGCAAGAAUACACAGAGAUAAAGACUGUUACAAUCAAAAUCCCUCAGAAGAAUUCCUAAGUUACAGACUUUUCCAAGAAGACAAUAAAGCAUGCAAAUAUAUCACACCAGUGGCUUUUUUUGGUCAUUUCAGUAGUACAAUAAAUGUGAAUUUUUAUUUGAGGCCCUUCUGCUGAAGAAACCCCAUAUAGAACAGCAGAAAUACUUUAAAACAAUACCAAUGGGGUUUUAGGACUGUACUGCAUUUCUGUAAUGUUUGUGGUCUUAAACACUGGCAAUUUUUAUCUAAUGGUCAUACAAAAAAAAAGGGAGUUGUGCAGGUCAUCUGCAGGGAAAACAUUUAGGGGAGAGGGGGCAAGAUUGAAAGCACUGGUUGAGACCUAAAUGUGCAAUUGUGGCAAUGUGCCCCGCCCCUGUGUGCAUUUCUGUGUUGUAUGUUGCGUGUGGUGUGUUAAUGUUGGUGUAUAGAUAUGGCUGCACAGGAUAUAAAUGGGUGUGUGCAGCACAAGUUAUUUAAAAUGUUAAUUGUAUUUAGACACGGGGAUUGCACUUCACUUCACGUGCAUUUAAAGUAUAUGUGAGCACGAGGUUGCACAUAAUUAAUUCACGUGCUGGGAUUCAAGUGAAUAAUUAAUUGAUAAUUGAAUCCCGGCACAACAGUAUAUAUAGAUGCACGUUUUACUCACUCGGGGUUGUGUGUUCGGUGAGUGGAGAACGGGUAUGGAGAGAAAGUAAAGUAAAGUAAAGUAAAAAACAAUUGCUAUCGCGUGCUGGUAGGACCAGCACGAUACUUUUUUGUUUAUUUUUACUCACCGUGUUUGUGUGUCUGUCCGUCCACCGUUUGUUAAGUGUUAGUCCGUUUUGUUUGUCUGUUUUAUUUGGCCUUAAGUGCCAUGUCCUGUCUUCUGUUUUGUUCAACCUUUUUAUUUUCUGUGUGUUAAUAAAACGCUGAGCACCGCAACAUCUCAGAUUCAUUGCAACAACUGUCUGUCUGUGUGAUUCUCUCUGGCCUGAAGUCAUCCCUGCAGCUAGCCUGUCAUAGCAAUCUGUAAUAUUUAUUUGCUUUCCUGCUAGAGCACAGGGCCAAGAAAAUGUUUCAAUUUAACACAAACGUUGAUGCAUUUCACACAUUUUGGGCUGGUAAUUAAGGUUAAGGUUCAAUAAUGAAACUACAUCUCUAACUGAAUAAUUGUUAUUUUAUUUUACAUGCCGUUUAAUCAUGUACAACUAAAUACAUUUUGUUUGUGAA